AGUAUUUUGGAGCCUUUACAUAUUAAAUGGAGCUGCAUAUGUCUCACACUUUCUAGCCUACAACUGAAGAAAGAAGGAAAGUGAGUAGAAAAGAAUCUCACUCUCAACAACCACCAUCACUUGUAUCCAAACACCACCCAAGCAAGAUAUGACUAAAGAUGAAGACUUUAAGCUCCUCAAGAUCCAGACUUGUAUUCUUAGAGUUAAUUUACACUGUGAUGGUUGCAAACACAAAGUGAAGAAACUUCUUCAAAGAAUUGAUGGUGUCUACCAAGUGAGCAUAGAUACAGAGCAGCAAAAGGUGACUGUUUCAGGAAGUGUAGAUCAUGAAACUGUGAUCAAGAAAUUGGUUAGAGCUGGUAAACAUGCUGAGCUUUGGUCAAACAAGUCAACUGAAACUCACAACCAAAGUCAAAGUCAAAAUCAUGAAAACCAAAAAGGCUCAUGUAUGAAAGAUGACAAGAAAAACAAAGCCCAGAAACAAGAUUUCCUCAAAGCUCUUGAAUCAUUGAAAAACCAGCAAAAGAUUCAACCGUUGAUCUCUGAAGAAGAUGAUGACUAUCUUGAUGAUGACGAAGAUGAAGAUGAUAUUGAAAAACAUGAAGAGGAGUUGAAGUUACAAGCCCCAAAAGCAAAUCAAUUGGCAUUAUUGAGACAGCAGCAACAGCAGCAUGCUGCUGUUGCUGCUGCUAAUAGUAACAGUAAUAGUAACAGUAACGGAAAACCGGUUAAUGGUGGGAAUGUGGGAAAAGUUGGUUUAAACCAGAAUGGUGGAGUAAAAAUGAAUAAUAAUAUUAAUAAUAAUAAUAUGAAUGUUGGUGAGGGUAAAAGGGUAAAUGACAUGAGCUCCAUUAUGAACAAUCUUGAUGGUUUUGGUGGGGGUAGUAUUGGUAAUCUUGGAGGGUUUCAAAUUCCUCAAAAGAACACGGUGCUAGGAUCUGGUGGAGCAGGGUUCCAUCUUCCUAACGGCGGUCUACCGAUCACGACGGGUGGUUACAACCCGUCGUCACAAGCGGCCGCGAUCAUGAACAUGAACGGUGGAGGUCUGCAUCCGCAGCCGCAGCAGCAGUAUAACAACUCUGCCGCUGCGGCAUCGAUGAUGAUGAUGAACAUGAAUAGGCAAGCGUUUCAACCGAUGCAGCAUCAGCAGCCUCAGAUGAUGUAUAAUAGGUCUCCGAUAGUACCACCCGCCACUGGGUACUUGUAUAAUUACAAUCCGGCACCUUACAGUUACAAUGAGUAUCAUCACGGCUACUAUAUGGGCGCUAACGGCGGUGGUGGUGGUGGUGGUCGCAACUCUGCUGCGGAUAUGUUUAGUGAUGAAAACACAAGUAGUUGUUCUGUUAUGUGAGGGGUACAAGUGGAAAAAAAGUAUUUAAUAUUUCUGCAUGUAUGGUGUGAAUGAAGUUUUUUUCUUGUAUCAACUAUGUAAUGGUGAAGCUUUUGUUAUCAAGUUCAAGUUAUGUGUUUGUUAUAAUA